UCAAAAAAUUACGUCACGUCCUGCCUACCACUUGUUUAAAAAUGGUGGUCGUACAUCGGGUUGAGCAUAAUAACUAAAAUGAGUCAAACUUCAAGUCGAGCAUCGACACCUGGGGGUUACCCAAAAAUCCCUCCAAUCAUCACCAAUGAAUCUGAUCGAGUCUUCCUUCUUGAUCUGAAUGAUUACAUUGAAGAUGAAAUUAGAAAAGUAAACAGUGAGGAGGCAGAACAGAGAUACAUUAUAUACAGGAAUGCAUUCAACAAGAUAAUUGAAUAUGUGACAGCAUACAAACCACUGCUGACCGCCAUCAAGAAGGAGUAUGAAUUCACCAUUGAUUCAAUCAGAAAAGGGCAAAGAGAGGCAGAUUAUCUAAAUGGCAAACUCAAAGCAAUGGCAUCUGAACCCUCUACCAUCAGAAAUUACAAAAAGAGGGCAGAUGAACUAGAAGAGAGGAUUUCCAUUAUUGAAAAAGACAAUGAUAAGCUUCAGCAGCAGCUACAGGACCUCCGAUCCAAGCGACAGCGAAGGGAGGAACUGGAGAGAGAGGUGGCUGAGCCCCCAAAGAGAGAGCUGAAGAAAGACAGGCGACUCAUACCAGGAUUAUCAUUGGAGGAAGCUACAGAUCUGAAUUUACUGUACAAAAAUUUGGAUAUCUUAGACAGACAGUUGAAAGAUUUAAACAUUAGUUUUAGAACUAGAUAUGUUCCAAAAAGUCAGAAAGUGGAUUUUAAAAAUAAAUUAGAUACCAAGGUCAAUACCAGAGACCAGUUGUUAAGACAGGGCUUGAUCUACAGAGCCAAGCGGUACAGAUUAAAGAUAGCUGUAGAGGCUGCACAGGCUUACAACCGCUUCAAGCCGCCUCAUCAGACAGUUGGAGAUGCUGUGACGUUUGCCAUUGCUCAGGCCACUGGACUGCAAGUUCAGGAAAAAGAUGCAGCUGGACAAGAACAGAAUCAGGGUGAGGGAGAGAAGAGAGAUGGCUCCCCUAGUGCGGUCGCCACAGCCUCGUUUGAAGAUGAUGACCCAAAUAAGGAGAAGGAGGCAGAGAUGAUGCUGGAGUACAUUGAGAAGUUCAAUGAGUUGUUCGAGGACGGGAAGUAUGAGGAGGCCGCCAUUCAUGCUGCCAACAGUCCAAAAGGGAUCCUCAGAACCUCGGCCACCCUGGCUAAGUUCAGAGCCGAGAAUGAAGAUGUGAAGGUGAGGCUGAGUCAUCGAUCCCCUCUGUUGGCGUUCUGUGAUGCCAUCAUGGCCUCUGUAGGCGCCGUUGGGUGUAAGCCGGCCGGCGAGCUGUCCACUGAGUGUGUGGAAUGUGCCUUAAACGAAAACCGACUGGAUCUGCUGUCUCACUGGAUAUCUCAGGACAGACUGAUGCUGAGUAGACAGAUCGGUGACCUGAUCAGCGGACACUGUGGCUGUAAGGUGCCCUGUAAGUGUGGCUGCCAGGCGCUCGCCCAGAAUGUCUACACCAAGCUCCACCUCCACCACCAAGCCAUCAUCUGUCUCCUCAAGCAGGGCAGGGUACACGCUGGAAUCGAGUACGCCAAACACAAGUCCCCGUUCACAAAGGAGAUGUAUGUGGAGGUGCUGAGAAUGUGUCCCUCUCUACAAUUGAUGCAUGCCCUGGUGGCAGCAGACGACCAAGGAUCCAGACCGCUUCCUGUGGGAGUGGUCAUACUGACUGUGCUAGAGAACAACAGCUUUGAUCUGGUUCUACCGUUCAUUCAGGAACUACAAAACAGAACGGCAGACGAUGACCCAAAUACGAGUCUGUUCCACGAUGCUGUGUUGGAUGACAUGGAGACGAGUACAGAUGAGUGGGACAGCCUGGUGAAGAUUCUACAGGACCAGGGCUACGAGGAGACGGCCACCAAUGUCCUCUCCACCAUCACUGUCAUGUCUGCCAUGAAAACUGUCCUCUAUAAGAGUCUAGCAGACGACAGACCAGACAGUGCUGCCACCCAGGGAUGAGUGCAUGGUGCUGCCACCUAGUGGUGAAUAAUACUGGUGCGUUGCUUCCAGAGUGAAGGACGGGAUCUUGUGAUCAACGGAGAUAUAAGACUGGAGAGCAAUCCGUGUAUUUCAAUGUUGGCUGUGUAUAUUUGUUUAGAGAAUAAAUUUUAUAUUUGAAACUAUG